AUGGUGGCCUGGCACUCGGCGUUCCUCAUCUCCCUCGCUUUCUCCUUGGCCACUCUGGUCCAGAGAGGAUCUGGGGACGUUGGUUUCAGUCUGGGGGAUGCAUUGGAAGAAACUUCCUCAGUGAAGCAGAGAUGGGACCGUGUCACCACCACAACCAGGAGACCGGGAGCGACCAGAGCUCCAGCAAAGCCUGCAGGUAACACUGAAGGUAGUAAAUUUGACUUGGCCGAUGCUUUGGAUGAUCAAGAUCAUGGCCACAGGAAGCCGAGUGCAGGAGGAGGAGAGAGAUGGGACCGUGUCACCACCACAACCAGGAGACCGGGAGCGACCAGAGCUCCAGCAAAGCCUGCAGGUAACGAAUUUGACUUGGCCGAUGCUUUGGAUGAUCAAGAUCAUGGCCACAGGAAGCCGAGUGCAGGAGGAGGAGGUUUUUCAGACAAGGAUCUUGAAGACAUAGUAGGGGGUGGUGAAUACAAACCUGACAAGGGUAAAGGUGAUGGCCAGUACGACAGCGGGGACGACUCAGGAUCCGGCAUGUCAGCAGAGACUGGCACCAUUGCCGGCGUGGCCAGUGCUCUGGCCAUGGCCCUGAUCGGCGCUGUCUCCAGCUAUAUCUCCUACCAGCAGAAGAAAUUCUGCUUCAGCAUUCAGCAUGCAGCAGAAGGUCAAGAGGGUCUCAGUGCGGACUACGUGAAGGGGGAGAACCCGGAGGCCGUUGUGUGUGAGGAGCCCCAAGUGAAAUACUCAGCACUGCAGACGCAGUCCGUGGAGCCGCUGCCGCCGGAGCCGCCCCGGAUCUAA